ACUUAUUCCUCUGGAUUUUACAUAUUUUGUGGCAUAUGACUAUAUUUUACUAAAAUAGCUAAACAUUGGAUAUAAUGGAAAGAUUGACAUGAAGUUGAUCCGGGGAAGACACUUCGACAACUUCAUGAAUAGACACGCGAUAUAUACGAGUAAAGAUAUCACAUCCUUUGAAUAAUAUGCUAAAAAACAAACCACAUCCAAGUGUUAGUGAUUCGUGUCUAAAAGAUGGUAAGAUAACUAGGGAAAAUAACGAGCCUUCUGCGUUACACGACGCAUUUGAGGACGCUUAUUCCACAUAUAAAUCUUGCAACUUUUUGGAUGCGUCAAGGCUUUUGGAAAAAGUUGGAAAGAAUGCAACGAAGUUGAGCGUUACACACAUUGCCUCAAAAUGCUACCGUAUUCUAGGAAAAAUCCACCUAAUGCAGGGUGAUGCUUUGACAGCAUCUCAGUUCUUAUCCAAGAGUGAUACAUCUCUAUCAACAUUGACCGUACUUGCGAGGGCGGCAGUCCUGGAAUAUAAAUCUAAUCAUAAUGAUAUAGCAUUACACUUUGCCAAAAGUUUGUUAUUGUAUUUGCUAGAAUCCAACGCGAUUAACAAUUCAAAAAAGACCAUAAAGUUACAUAGUAUCUUCCUGGAGUUGUUAUCAUAUUCCGGAGAGUUGCUCCACUUUGAUGUUCUGUUAAAGAAAUUUAAAAAGGAUAUUAAGUAUAACCCAUUACACAAGAGGAAAUUGCUAUUACUCGCCAAGAGGAUUGCAAAAACAUGCGUAUUUACAAAAGACUUAUCUAACACAUUGAAUGCAUGUCAUAAAGAAAGGCAUGAACAUAUUAUAAAGAAAAUAGGACCAAUCAACGAGGUACACGUCAGCCAAGCUUGCAUAAAUUUCUGCAGAGAACUUUCACUAAAUCUCCAUAGAGAAUCUGACAUAAAAUAUACUCUUGAGAUAGAAAGUGAUACGACUUAUGAAACAGUUUUGUGCAUUGUAAAAUUUUUAGUCGGUAUUGAUCAACGAGGGAUAGAUCCCCGUACUAGUUUUGUACAAGUAAAUGUGGAGGGUUCGGAUCCUUUAGUGCUUAACUUGACGAAAAAUCCAUGUAAUACUGACUCUAAUACUACGCCUUCCAUCCUUAGUCAUAGACAAGGACAACGGGAGAUUAAGCGGCGUGCAAUGAAUACAUCAGAGGCAUCUUCAGUGAGGUCUCAUAAUUUGAAACGCUUUUGGAUUACUGCAUCUUAUCUUAUAAAUUUACCACAAUCCUUCCAUAUUAUGACCUCAGAAUCUUCAAAUAACUCUAGCAAGCAUUCUGAUUCACAUGAUUCUGAAUCUCCAGAGUUUAGCGUUUAUCCAUCUGAUGUAGCGAGAUUUAUCAAAUAUUCUGCAUUACACUACAAUUUGAGGAAUGCUCAUGUGAUAUUGGCCACUUCAAACUCUUCUUGCAUUUCCGAAAAAACAUCAAGGUUUAUAAUGGAUAAAAAGCUCAUUUCUCUUCUUGAAAGCAAAAGAAAGUGGAAUGUACUUGAAUUAUAUCUACACGUCCUGAAUUUUUUGCUAAGGCAUCCGCAACUCUUUGAAAAGCACUAUCCUAAUUAUGCAAUAUUUGUCUCUUACCUGUAUUCUACCAUUCACAAAAAUUUUUGUGAUACAUUUUCAUCAAACUCAAACUAUCCAAUUAUUUAUGAGAACAAUCCAUUUAAAUAUGGGAAGCUGGUUGGUGAUAAUGAUUAUUACGAGAUGUUUUCAACUAUAAAUUUCAAAUUAGGGGUGAGACUAUUAUUCAUACUUUACAAAGGUUUGAAAUUAUCUCUCAGUGGUUCAUUUAAGCAUGACCUUUUGUUUGAUAUGGAAACUUCCAGGGGACUUAUGAGAUUCGUUUUUGAUCUUUGCACCGUAAAUUUGCUACAAUCAUGCGCUAAAAAUAUAAUAAAAACACCACGCCCAAUCUUGUUGAGAUCUAAGAUCUUUUACAUUUCUUUGAAAAUGUUGUUAUUGACGAGUAAACCUGGAAAUUUUACGGAUGUGUCAUAUUCAGAAAAGGGCAAAUCCCUUGCUUUUUCCGUGAAAAACAUUCUAGAAUUAGUAAAAAAUGAUAGCAAUAUAUUGAAUUACAAUACGUUUUGGAUAAAAAAGCCUUUGUAUCUGUUUAGUAACAAAAAUACACACUUUAACCACACUAACUAUUCAGACAGAGUAAUAUUGCGUCAUCAAAAUUGGAUUAAAAAGUUCUACAAAAGCUUAAAACAGUCUUUUAAACACACAUUUUUCCAAACCGGUACAUUGGAAACUGCAGAUUCGAUAGAAAGAAACAUGCAUAAAAAAUUAAACACUCUGAGAAAAAGGUUGUUUUUGGUUCUCAAUGAAUUUACAGAUUUGACCCAUAUUUACAAUAUACACAGAUACAAAUCACCUAUUUUAGAUUGGGACAUAUCUAGAUUUAGUUGGGACUCAGUUUAUUCCAUAUAUCAAAAUUCUAUGUCUUCCAAAGAAGAUAAGAGUAUGGCUAUGGAUGACAAGUUAUACUUUUCCGAGGUAGAAGAAAUUCUCUUGUAUGCUACAACCGAAAUUUCCAAGGGAGAGAGACUCCCAAAAUAUAUAGGGCAAAUAUUAUUCGUUUUAUGUGAUAUUCUUUCUUUUAUAGCUAUGAAUUUGCAAAAAACAAAUGUACAAACGUUCACAAAUAAUGAUUGUAACUCGGAUGUAGCAAAAAGGUUUGGGGUUACACAAAAAUCACUGUUUACUAUUGCUAUAUCGCUAUUGUAUAUAAUAAACAAUUUGUACGAAUGUAGAGAAUCGAUUGAUAUCGCUGAAACACAAUUUAUGGAUGAUGAAGAAUCUCCAUCUAAUUCAAGAGAAGUUAUCAUAAAAGAUUUUUUUGGACUUAAUGCAGAGUUAUUGAACGAUUUGCAUAAAAAUUUCAACUGCUUCGAAUCAUUUUCUCUGUCUAAAAGAUUUAGUUUGACUUUUCAUCCUUUAAUAACCAGGAUUUUGCUUCACUCAUUUUUCAUAAUAAACUCUGAACUGCGAAACUUAAAUCAUCUGGAUCAAGGUGUUAAUGGUGAAGGUCAUGCAGUUUCAUAUCUUUUAUUUGGAAUAUUUUCUCAAAUUUGUACUGCUAUUUUAUUAUCACCAUUCAAUUUGAUAUUUGCCAAGGAUAAUAAUGGACGUACUAAAAAAAUGGGUAUUUCUCCUCUUCUUUGCAUUGUAAUGAAUUAUUCUGAUGGAUCCGGAUUACUGAAUAAAGUUAUUAAUAAACCUACCAUUGAUAUAGAUGAUUUAGAAACUACCGGUCACAAUUUACUGGAACAGGAUAAGUUAUUUUCAUUUUUGGCCAUAUUGGACUCUUUUAUACAAAUAGAGACUAUAUAUAGUUGUUCUUUUAUUAAAUACGUGGAUCGGGAUCUGAUUCCUGAAAGCUUUCGAAAGUUUAUACAAAGUGAUCUAGAUGGUAAUGAAUUCACCGAUGUGCAUGAUAAGCUUAAUCUUGGUUUUCCCUUGUUUCUUUUCAAUAAAUUAAUGUAUUUGUUUGAUAUUCCUUUCAUUCGUUCUUUUGACUUAGAGUUAGACUAUCUACACGAAUCUGUAAAUUCGACUAGAACUAUAAAUAUAUUUAAUGAGGAAUUAAUAUCUUUGUUUUCUAAGGUAGCUCAUUAUAGAUUUAGAAUUAAGGAAUUAGAUGGCAUUAAAACUACUACGCGUAUACUUAUUCCGAAGGGUGAACAAGAUGCAAUUAACGAAAUCUUUCAAAAGUGUUUUUCGUUGGUUUAUACAAAGAACAGGGACAUAACAUAUUCUACAAUGUCGGCAUUACUAUCUGUACAUUUACGUAAGAACUUUCCUAUUGAAAAACCCCUUACUUAUACUUCUGUGAUUUUUCUGAAUGAUAGAACGGACAAAGAAUACAUUUCUAGCGCAAAAAAAUCUUUUGAUGGAUCAUGUAUCUUGUUUUUUGAAGAUAAGUGUUCUGGGAAGAUUUUUAACUUCUUCAAGACAUUUCCUGAUCCUUUGAUACUUGAUUUCAAUGACCCUAGCCAAUACCAUGAUGAUAGGAUAGUACUUUACAAUAAGUAUAUUGACAAUAUGAACAAUCUGUUAACAACACAGGCUCUAUUUGAUUCCAAUAAUAUUUUAUCUACACUUUUAACCAAACCAUCUUUUAAUUUCCCUCCAAGUUUCAAGGGUAUAUAUAUGAAGUUGAUAAAACAAUAUUGUAUAAUCGACUAUGCUAAGAACUAUGAAAUUAAUGAUCCGAUUAAUCUUGAUGAUGUGUUGACCCAACUGGAUACAAUUAAUCUUGCCAGUGUACUAAUGCCUAAAAGUGUAGAUAUUUGGUUUUGCGCUGCCAUAAAGAAUUUUGAAUUAUUCUUGUGGCAUAGUAAGAGAUAUGGACCAACUUUCAAUGAUACGAGAUCGUUUUUUCCUAUGAGAAAUGACCAGAGUAGCAUCAUAAAAAUUAUAAAACGUACGCUUUAUCUCAUUGAUAUAACAGUUCAAACCUACAGUUACUUUUUAUCAGGGAGAAAUGACACUUCAAACAAGUUGUUAAAGAAUGUAUUUAUUAGGGAAAAUAUAUUUUUUGGUGAAAUAGAUCUCGACUCCCAUGAGUUUGUACUCCGUAGUAACAGAAGAUGUAAAAUACUUCUAUUUUCAAAGUGCACAGUUUUACUAUAUUUACUUAAGAUUGGAGAAAAUAUUCCAUGCCGCAUUCUAUUGGAUGGAUUUUCACAAAUAUUAGGUCAGACGGGGUUUGUAUUUCAUACUUGUAACAAAGGAUUUGAAAAGAUUACGAGAAAUUUCAACUCUAGUCCAAAUGAUAGGGUUUCAACUUUCCUCAAGAACUUAGAUUCCAAUUACAAGCUCUUUUAUGAUUCUGAAGAUAUGGAAACUUUCUACUUGCAGUUAAAAGUUCUUGAAAGGGUAGCAAAAAGUUUCUAUUUAAGCAAAGAAAUAUAUAUAAAGCUUUGGUCCAGAAUAUUGUGUGGAUAUUGUGAUUACCUUGCUAUUUUAUUGAGAAUAGACUAUCUGUCGCAUAGGAAAAAUACAGGAGAUUGUGGACCACUUACUUCUUACUAUUCCUUUAUGCAUAUCAUAAAUUCUGAAUUUAUGACAAGAUUUUCAGAUGGAAAGGUCCAAAAAGACAUACUUGUAUCGUUUUAUAAACUUCAUAUAUCAAGACUUAGGCUUUGUUAUCUUCACCCAGAAAUGUUUUAUAUUGCUUUUCCAUUUAGAUUUAGUAAUUCAGAGUCUGAAAGUUUGACAGUUUCGGAAUCGGAACUAUCUAACUCGACUGAUUUCUAUUUGUUAUGGGCAAAGAAGAUGCAGUAUUGUUGUCAAGCAUCAAAUAUUUCAUAUAACGAAGUCAUUAAUGAUGCAUUUUCUGCUCUACUAUAUGUUACGACGAGGUGUAGUAGCGAUCUAUCAUACAAACUUUAUUUCAAGCUUUCUCAUUACCACUACAGACUUGGGAACAUUGAAACAAGUAUGAAAUUCCUAAAAGAAACAAGUGAUAAAACUACUUUUGUAAAACAACAUACUACUGGCUCGGUUAGCCAAGAUAUUGGAUAUUUGAGAAAUUGCAGAAAAAUGGCUCUUUUUCGAUCUAGAAUUUUGUUCGAUAUGGUCUAUGAAGCGAUUGUUUUCAGCAAAAAUCAUUCUGAUAAGGAGUACACUCUUUUUAGCACAUGUUUGAGAAAAUUGAAUAGCAUGAGCAUUGAUCAAAAUUCCUCAAAGGCUCAAAAAAACAUAUCUAAACCGCAAGGUACAUGGUUAUUUGCUGGAUUCAAGUCAAUAACACGUCUAGAUAAUUUGGUAGAUGCCAUUGACUUAUCUUUAAGUUCUUUACAGAAAAUUAAUCGCAAAUUCAAACAGCUCAUACAAGGUGGAGAUACUAAAUCGCAAACAUUUUAUUCUUUGCUUUAUGUGCAGAAUGUAUUGUAUAAUGCACUGGCAUCUUCCUUUAUACUCUUGGUGGCAAGUUGCCCGCACUUUUUGUCCCUUCCAAUAGUGGUUGACAUUAUGGAGCCUUCAGACGUAAAUACUAUCGCAGAGACGGAACUCUACAAGGAAUAUGAGAGGGUAAAUUUUAAUUCAAAUGAGAUUGUGGAGUCUCUGUUCUCUCUAAUAACUGAAGAUGGGCAUGUUGAGGAUAUACAUGGAUUUCUCAAGGAGAAGAAUGUCUUGCAUAAGUCAUCCAUAUUUGUAAAAUACGGUGAGAAUACAGCAACUUUAGACAUGAGGAUAGUAAAACAACUUUUUACUCUUUGGAAUGUGAAGUUGUUUCAGAAGCCCACAGAACUUUCAAAUUCGAUUGGUAAGAGCUUUCACAGCGCAUGCACAAAGCUUCUAUAUAUGGCACCAGCGGAUUCGAUUCAAUUCAAAAACUCUAAGAAUGCUGCGCUUGUGGAAGGCACUGUAGUAAGAAUCAGCGAUGAGUGGAUAUCCACUCUCCGCCUUGUCUCCCCCCAAAAGGCAGCUGCAGCAUUGAACGAGGCCAUAAACAAACACAAAGAUGACGCGAAACCUGAUCAAACACAAAUAUAA